GGUUAAUCGGUGACUCUGGUUUAGCUUACCGGGUAGCACGUAGACUGACUUAUUUCGAGAUCGACAAACAGCUAAAUUGUUUGUUAAUGCAAUUAUUUAAUUAUGUUUAAGAGAAAGUUAAUUGCUCUCGGUUAUCCGUCCAUUGAGGGUUUUAAUGAAGAAGAUGAUACAAAUUUCCGAAAUCUAGUCGUUUGGCUUGAAGACAUAAAAAUAAGACAUUAUAAAAUAGACGAGAGAAAAAAUUUAAGGGCUACAGAAUCUCCGGAUUGGAAUACAAGCCUUGAAGAGUACUUGAAAGAUUUAAACUGUAUAGUUGACAUAAAAAAGCGUCAAGAAGUGUGCGAUUGGCUAUUAGGUUACGCUGUAAGAUGUUGUUACGGAGAUAAUCUUGACAAGUACAAAUGUGGAAGCACUAGCGACAAUAGUUUACAAAAUUUGGACUUUGAAGGGGAAGAAUUUAAAAAUGGAGUCCAAUCGUUGGCCGUACUACUACAUAUCUCUCCGCAUACUGAUCCAAAAAUCCUCUUAAAAGCUAUAAAUUUGGUAAUACAAGAAAACUACACAAAGUCUGCCUUGGAAAAUAUUAAGCGUAAUGAAGACUCAAAGAAGGUAACAUUGCCUUUGGAAAAAGUUACAUUAGGUUUCGAUACUGAUAAUAUUAUCAAUGCUGAAACGGCGAAAAUUCUACGUCUGUUACAUAUAAAAGAAUUACGAAGUUUGCAAACGGAGAUAAAUGAGGCAAUAGUUAAAAUUCAAGGCCUAACUGCUAAUCCGAAAACAGAUACGAAACUUGGAAAGGUUGGAAAAUAAGAAAUAAACUAUAUGUUUGAAUUUUUAAC